AGAUAUUAAAAAUAUUUUUAUGUUAAUUUUACUAUAGUAAUUCAAUAAAAAUGUUAAAGUGUUCGAGAUAAAUCAAUUUGCGAUAUCAGUUUUAUCAAGCGUUGAUCAAGUUCCAUGAAAAUAUCCCUAGUUUUUGGAGUUUAUAUGGUGCAACACUGUUAAACCUAACCAAUCACCGUGCACUUUUGAAAUUUGAAUUUAAUGACGUAAACGGAAAACCAGUACAAUACAAAUCAAAAAGACUCGAAUCGUAUAACUCAACUAAAUAUUUUUAUCAAUGUUUUGCUGAAGAUCAGAUCAGUUUUUGGUGCAAAUGCGUUCAUGUUGAGUAACAUGGAUUUUCAAAACCAUUCAAAUACACGUCCAAAGUUUCAACCAAUACGUGUGAAAGAAUUAUUACAUUUUUGUGAAAGUGAUGACGAUGAAAGUGAAGAUAAGACGCAGGAUUUUGGUACUGAUUCAGAUUCUGAUGAUCCACAGCCUUUGCCACAAGAUGAUUGUCCUGAAAAUGACUGUAAUAAGUCAUUACCUUUGCAGGAUGCAAAACAUGAGAAUGACUUAAUUGAUGGAGUUUCAUGUACAAAUACUUCUUCAAAAUCUGAAGAACCUAUAUUAGUUAAUAAUACUGUAGAAUAUAAGAUAGAAAAUAAAUCUUCACUAUUUGAUAAACUUGAACAUAAUGCAGAAAAUGAAAGAAGUAUAAAAUAUAAACUUUUGAAUCAGGUGCAAUUAAAUACUGAAAAUGUACAAGAAAAAGUUCCUCAAAACGAAUUAGGAAAUAAAUACAUCACAGAUAUUGAUAUUAAAAAUGAACAAAGCAAAGAAAACACUAAUGGUGAAUCUGUAGCUUUUAAGCAUCAAUAUAUUGAGAAUGUGCUGCAGUCUGGAUCUCAUAAUUUGCAGAAUAAAAACAUUAAAAUGGAACCAUUAGAAUCAAAAGUAAUAAUAAAUGAAGAAAAAAUAUGUAAUGAGAAUGUAUGUUCCAAUGAUAAAUCAUGGACAUUAGACAAAGGAACAUCAGUAAGUUCCUCUGAUCAGUGGGUACUACAAACUCCUUUAAAACAUGCAUCAGUUGGUGUUGCACGACCAGACCCAUGCUUUUCUCGUAGAAAUAUUACACAAACACCACAAAGUAAAAUAUGUGAUGUAGCUAAUACUCAAGGACUAACUCCAGCCACAGUUUCAUGUCAUUGGUCACACAGUAAUGUAAAGCAAACACCAUUACAAAACAGAAGUAUUAAUUUAAGGGAAUCUAUGCAAACUCCAAAAAAUACAGUUUACUUUACACCAAGUGUAGUAAAACACAAUACUCCUGGAUAUUUAAAUACAGGAAGUAAAGUAAGAAAACCUUUAGCAGAUACAGGAGGUUCUAAGCAAAAUGAUGUUUCCAAUCUACACUUGUUCCAAGGAUCUCACUUGCUUAAAGUAAAUGAAAUAACACCCAGGGUUCAGAAUAAAUUAUCUAAUAAAGUUUUGAAUGAGAAACCAAAUAUGGCAAAACAGAUGUUUGAAACAUUAGAAAACCUUGCACCUUUAGAAUCAAAUGUUAAUGAAGAAUUAAAAGAAAAUGAAUAUCCAAAUGCAGAAAAUGUAGUAGUAAAAGAAAUAGCAAUGCAAAAUAAGAUAUCAAAUGAUGGACAUGCUCAUUGUACCAAAGGUAGUGAAGAAAAUUUGAAACCAGUAUGCAAUGAUUUUCAAAAUCAGCAUUUAACAUGUAAUAAUCAAAAUUGGCAGCAAGAUUUCAAAAAAAUGUUAGAUAAUGCGUCGAACGUACAAUGUUCAAUUCCAUCUAGUAUACCUAAGUCAAAACAAGGUAGAACGCUUUUUGUAAAAGGAAAAGAAUAUUUAAUUUUGGGUACACUUGGUCAUGGUAUGAGUGGAGAUGUUUUAAGAGCACAAGACUUAUCUUCGCUUGAAUUAUGUGCUAUUAAAUGCGUUAAUCUUACCCGCAUGGACAAGGACUCGGCCCAAGGUUGUUUAGAAGAAAUUUCAAUGUUACACAAAUUACAGGCACCAUGUAUAGUAAAGAUGUUUGAUUACGAAAUUAAAUAUCCUAUGGUUUAUGUGGUGAUGGAAAUGGGAGAUACUGAUCUCAGUCGUCUUACAAAAUCAAUGUUGCAAGAAAAAGAGAUUCCCCUUACAAUGAUUCUAUAUUAUUGGACAGAAAUGUUGACAGCUGUUAAACAUAUACAUGAUAAUGGAGUAAUUCAUUCAGACUUGAAGCCAGCAAAUUUUUUAUUAGUGAGAGGAAGAUUGAAACUCAUAGAUUUUGGAAUUGCUUCUAGUAUGAAUGCAGAUAUGACAUCAGUUGUAAAGAAUUGUCCAAUCGGAACUUUAAAUUAUAUUAGCCCGGAAGCUUUAAUGGACAUUGGUGGAAAUUCAGAUUCUUCUAAUCAAAAUGUAAAAUACAAGAUAAGUUUUAAAUCGGAUGUGUGGUCGUUAGGAUGUAUUUUGUAUAGUUUAGUGUAUGGUCAUACACCGUUUCAUCAUAUUCGUUCACAAUGGGCCAAAGUGAAUGCUAUAACUAAUCCAAAACUGAACAUUCCUUUUCCUGCAACUUUAUCAUCAAGAGAUGGUAAUAAAGUUACAUCGUCACCACAAAUUUUAAUCGAGGUCAUGCGUAAAUGUCUUCAGCAUGAUCCUAAGGCACGACCAACGGUAGCCGAACUUUUACAAGUAGAAUAUGUGCCUAUUAAACAAGAAUGUACAUUGCCUGGAAUUCCAGCAAAUAUUUUAGUGAAAAUAAAACACGCAUUGAAUGAGGAUGAAUGGCGACAGUUAACAUGGAUUUUGGAGAAUAAACGACAUACAUAAUACUAUGCAGAUUAAGUACUUCUAGUUAUGUACAUAGAAUUUUUAUACAUAUGUGGGGCGCUUAUUUAAAUGUAUUAUAGCAAAGUAUGGGAUUGUUUGAACACUAGUUUAAAUAUAAAAUUGUAUUAUAAUACUAUCUAUAAAUCCAUUUAUGCUUACCUGUAUGAUAUUCAUCGAUCAAUGCGUUACAAAUGAAACACGGGUGAUUUAUUAAAUUAAAAUAUCUUUCAUUUUAUUAUCACACAUUCAUGCAUACAAAUGACUUUAGUUAACAGAAUUGGUAGCAUUCACGAGUAAUUGUUAUGCUAUAUAGCUGCAUGAUUAAAGAUCUAAAAAUACAUAUCUACAUGUUGCUCGUGAAACAAUAUACUCUGAAUCAAUUCCUUUGCAAUUGUUUUAGAUUUUAAAUAAUAAAAAAGUUGCAAUAUUUUCC